AUGAAGGCUGCUUCUGUACCCUUCCAUCAUCUUGUGUUACCCAUCAUCAGAGGUGCAGUUGAACCCGGAUCAGAUACACAAGUCUACUUGCUCGACGACGCCUUGGAUCUCUGGGCGAACAUCCUGAUCCAGACGCCUGCCCCAGCAUCGCCUGAGCUGCUGCAACUAGCGCCAUACCUCUUCUCGAUCUUUGAGCUUGGAUCUGAAAACCUCCGUACGGCUCUCGACAUCGCCUCAUCAUAUUUCCUACUUGCUCCGUCCGAGAUGCUCUCAGACGAGAUGCGCAAGCCGCUCAUGGCAUCCCUAUCUAACCUUGUUGGCUACGUCAAGGCUGAUGCUAGUGGUACUGUGAACAACCUCGUCGAGCUCAUCAUCAGGUCAGCAGAGCGCAUUGGAGGUGAAUCUGCCAUCGGUACCAUUGCAGGCGACCUCAUCGAGUCCGACUUCCUUCGCAAACAGCUCCGAGGUCUGCACGGUAGCUGGGUCGCCCACUGCACCACCGGCCCGCUAGCNAAAGACCCACCCGUCGACGGCAUCGUCGAGACGGACUACUUCUCUGUCCUUGCACGUCUAGCAAUGGGAUCAGAGAAUAUAUUCUUGCAGGCAGUGCAGGCAGCCGCACCACCCAUUCCGCUUAGCGACACCACUAACCAGCCUUCUCUCCCCGACUCGAUGAAGUGGCUGCUUGAAGAAUGGUUCAGCCACUUUGAGAACAUUGGCGACCCCUCUCGUCGCAAGCUCAUGUGUCUCGCCCUGACAAAGCUGCUCUCUACUUCUCAGCCAUUCAUUCUUGGCUCCCUCCAAUCCCUAAUGACACUCUGGACAGACAUGGUAACCGAGAUUCGCGAAGAGGGCGGCGCAGUGCACUCUGACACCUUGGUCUACGAGAACGCUGAUCAACUGAGGACAACCGAGGCCGGCGUCCUUGAAGCUCCCGAGGAUGAAAGACGAAGAGAAUUGACAUUUGCUGAUCCCGUGCACAAUGUGAGGACUACACAGUGGAUCAAGCAUUACCUGCAGAUCGCAAUUCAGGCUGCUGGUGGACAGGAGACUUUCCAGAACGAGUGGCUGGUUAACGUUGACAAGGAUGUCAUUGCUGCGUUUGGCGAGUUGGGCAUCAUGUGA